CAGAACAUAAGCAUAAAUCAUAGUUCAACAUUUGGAUAAUGGAAUAAUAAUAUCAGGAAUAAUGUCGAAAUCAAGUAUUGAACGUGUCCGGAAGUUAAGAGCAAAGAAAAGAGAAGUCAUCCCACAAUUGCCUCCAAAUGUGACUUUGAAGACGCUUAAGGAUCCCAGUACAAAUAUCCAUAACACAAACGAGGAUAGUAAGGGCCCGCCCGAAAAAGGCGCAUCGAAAUCCGCCUCCCCCUCCGACUCCAAUCGUGUACGUAAUAUACUUACCCUUGAGGAGCGUGUAGCUGUCAUCAGUCAAUAUGAUAUUGCUCCCAUGUACAGCAAGAUUGCUAAAAACUUCAACUGCAGCUGGGAGCAGAUAAAAAAUAUAGUAGCCAACCGUGACUCCAUAUUGAAGUUUCAUGAGGCGGCGACUAAGUUGAAAUCGAAGCCUAUCGAAGAUGUCACCCUCCGAAGAAAUAAGUUGAAUUUUCUGGGCAACUGCUUAUAUGAAUAUAUCCAAAGAGCUCAGUACUAUCUGAACACCGAAAUCACUGAAGAAUUUCUUCGCAACAAGGCCCUAGAAUUCCGCUCUCUCUUCAAGCUGGAGGGAUUCGUGCCGAACAAAUCUUGGCUGAAUCACUUCAAAGCCAAGUAUAAUAUUUCUCUCUCCAAUCGGCAAAUUGCGUUGAACCGGCGGCCACCGCGAUCGCUGAAUCUCAAAGAUAUAAUGUCUUACUGUAGUCGCAAUAAAUUCGUUCUUCCAAGCACAUUGCUUCAAACUCCAAAUUCCUCAUCUGAAGCUUCAUCAUCGGUAAGCGAUCGGCCAUUAUACCGCACCAAAACCCUAAUGGAAGCCUCUAGUCAAAAUCAGGCCACCUGUGAUGAAGUCCUGACGCAAAGGAGGCGGAAGAUUAAUUUUCUCGAAAAGUGCCUCUACGAGUACACAGAAAGGUGGGAGGUUCAUAAACAGGGAGGAAGGAUCGACAUCGACAACUUACGGACCGUGGCCAUUAAUUUGAAGGAUAUCCUUAAGAUUGAAAACUUCAUUCCGGACAAAAUGUGGUUAAACCACUUUAAGAGCCACUAUGGUUUCAGUUUCUCUGUCGGUGUACAACCGACUAAUCGAGUGCGCUUGUCCCUGGAUCUCUGGGAUAUAGUCAGCUACUGUAGCAGAUACGAUGCGCCAAGGCUAACUGUAGCCAUUAAGAAUUCGGAAGCUCCAAUCCCAUCUGAGGAUACAGAAAAAGGAAACAACUUCUGUAAGGAUGCAGAAGAAGGAAACAACUUCUGUGAGGAUGCAGAAGAAGAAAACAACCUCUGUGAGAAUGCAGAAGAUGAAAACAACUUCAGUGAGGAUUCAGAAGAAGGAAACAACUUCUGUGAGGAUGCAGAAGGACACAAGGAAACAGAUAAAGAUUAUGAUGACUCCGUGACGGUGGAGAUAAAAGAGGAAUUUAUAGAUAUCAAAGACGAGGAUGACGGUUGGAUGGAGGACGACAACCAGAUCUCAGCACAAGCCGCCAAGCGAAAUAUGGAAGAUAAUAUUGCUCCCUGUCCCUUAAAGAUACAAAAGAUUCAGUCACUUCAUGAAAUUGAUUCAAUUGAAAAAGAAUUCCCAUCAGCCCCCAGUCCCGGUCACUAUUCCGAAACUAGUGACGAGGCCCACCUACCAACCUGCGUCGAGAACUACAAAGAUGCACUUCGUCUACUGAAGCCUUUGGAGGAAUUCGUUCUGAUGGAAGAAAAUUAUCGCGCCAUCGGUCUAAUCACACAGUUGGAACAAAUAUUCGAGUCUAUGGCAAAAAAAGAAAACAGAUGA